CUUUCUGCGCGCGCGAAUCGCCCGAAUCGCCCCUAACCGCCCCCUAAUUUGUCCUGACACCAGACACACGCCUCGUUGAUCAAGCGGAAAGAGUGAAUAUGCCUCGCCCCUGCGAGGUAACUUGGCUAUAUAUAAGCUCGUUGGCCCUCUCUGCCUUUGCAAUGCUAUUCCAUGAAACCCAGCACAUUCUCCCUCCUCGCAGCCAGCAGAACCUCCUCAUCAACCUGAUACCCACACUAGCUUGAGUCCCCGGUCACCUUCCUAUUACCAUGUCUUCUCCCAAGUCUGUCGCCGUCAUCACAUUCAGCACUCGCACUCCCCGGGUAGGCCCCGAGAUUGCCGCCAUUGUCAAGGAGAUCCUCGACAAGGAUGCGGAAGCAAGUGGCAUCCAGCUGACGCCCGUCGACCUGGCCGACUUCAACCUCCCCGUGUACGACGAGCCCGUCGUCCCCGCCAUGGUGCCCGCGAACGCGUCGUUCAUCCACCAGCACAGCAUCGCCUGGAGCGCCGAGAUCAAGAAGCACGACGGCUACGUCCUCGUCAUCCCCGAGUACAACUUCGGUAUGGCGGGCGGCACCAAGAACGCCAUCGACUACCUGAAGCACGAAUGGGUCGGCAAGCCGGCGGCCAUCGUCAGCUACGGCAUCGAGGGCGGCAAGACGGCCUCGGAGCAACUGAACCACACCCUGACCAUGCUGACGCUCCGCGUCGCCGCCACGAGGCCGGCUCUCAGAUUUUUCGGCGACCACGGACCUGAGAUGCAGUCGGCCGUGUUUCAGGGCAAGGCCGGCCCGGAAUCGAGGAAGGAGUGGGCCGAGAAGGACUCAGUCGACAUAUUGAAGGCGUUUGCUGAGCUGAAGGAGCUCCUGACGCAAGAGCCCCCCCCGCCCGAGAAGCAGAAGGUCUGAAUGCUUGCUUGUAGUGAUUCGUUAAGGGUUUAGACAACAGACCGUUUUGGGUUAAUUUAUUCAUUGGGCGUGAAAUCGACUGGGCAUUUCUCAUACAUAUGUUGAAUUGAAUAGGUUUGCGAUGCAUAUCAUACCUAUAUACUAAGUACCUCU